UCAUAAAGAUUGAGAAAUAUAUAGAACAUCUAUCUAUUUUAAUUUGGUAUCAAUAGCCACUAGAUUUAUGGAUUCUUCAUCCUUCUUAUCAUACACAUAUCCACAAUAUCAUCAUCUUGGUUUCAAUGAGAAUGACACUGAGGACAUGCUUCUCCUCAAUGUCCUGUCAGAAGCUAGACAAAAUUCAUCUAAUAAUCUCCAUGUCAAUAAAGAGAAUGAAGGGUCACUAAAAGAAGUGGCUAAUUAUAGAGGUGUAAGGAGGAGGCCAUGGGGGAAAUGCGCGGCGGAAAUAAGGGAUUCCACUAGAAAUAGCGUUAGGGUUUGGCUUGGAACAUUCGACACUGCUGAAGAAGCUGCAUUGGCUUAUGACCAAGCAGCAUUCGCGUUGCAUGGGACAACGGCGGUGCUAAAUUUUCCCGUGGAGAUGGUGUAUCGAUCGUUAAUGGAGAUGGAGUGUGGAUUUGAAGAAGGAUGUUCACCUGUUUUGACUUUGAAAAAAUGGCAUUCUAUGAUGAAAAGGGAUAAUGGUAAGAGUAAUAGUAGGAAGAAGGAGGAAAAAGAGUUGAGCUCUGAAAAUGUAUUGGUUCUUGAGGAUUUAGGUGCUGAUUAUUUGGAGGAAAUUUUGAGGUUGUCUGAAAGACGUUGUGGAACAAGCAUUCACACUGAGGCGGAUUCAUAA